AUGGAUAGAAGAGAACAAAUUGAGAACUGGUUGGUUGAGGCUUCUGAUGAAGAACAAGUUGGAGGGUCAAAUUCUGAGUCGGAGUUAGACGAGAUAACACAAAGCGAUAUAAUAGUGCUAGUGAAAUCGACGAAUUGUCCGCACACUCCAGUGAGUCUUCAGACAACGAGGACGACGGCUGUGCUAAAUUCUAUUUUACCAGACAUAAUGGCAGAAACGGUCCUAAACUAA